CUGGGGAUCUUCAGGAGAUGUUGGCUGGUCUUUAAGAAGGCUUCCAGCAAGGGACCUCGACGGCUAGAAAAGUACCCAGAUGAGAAAGCAGCCUACUUCAGAAGCUUCCACAAGAUCACCGAGCUCCAUAACAUCAAGAACAUUACCCGGAUGCCGCGGGAGACCAAAAAGCACGCCGUCACCAUCGUCUUCUGCAACGACACGUCCAAGACUUUUGCCUGUGAAUCAGAGCUGGACGCGGAGGAGUGGUGUAAGCUGCUGUGCGUGGAGUGCCUGGGCAGUCGUCUCAACGACAUCAGCCUGGGAGAGCCGGACCUGUUAGCGGCGGGGGUGCAGCGGGAGCAGAACGAACGCUUCAACGUGUACCUCAUGCCCACUCCCAACCUGGACAUCUACGGGGAGUGCACCAUGCAGAUCACCCACGAAAACAUCUACCUGUGGGACAUCCACAACGCUCGCCUCAAACUCGUCAUGUGGCCGCUCAGCUCGCUGCGCAGAUACGGCAGAGACUCCACCUGGUUCACCUUUGAGUCGGGAAGGAUGUGUGACACAGGAGAGGGUUUGUUCACGUUCCAGACGCGGGAGGGGGAGAUGAUCUACCAGCGGGUCCACUCGGCCACGCUGGCCAUCGCCCAGCAGCACGAGAGGAUGAUGGAGGAGAUGGAGAAAAGCUCCCAGAUCCACUCCAGAGAGACGUUAACCAAGUCCAUCUCGCUGCCACGCAGCGCUUACUGGCAGCACAUUACACGUCAGACCAGCGUGGGGGAUCUCUACAGUUACCAAGGGAACGGCGGAGAGGAAAGACUAUCAGACAGAGAAGUCGGGCUGUCGAUGACUUUUAUCCCUCGAGCGCAGACCUUCCCCAGCUUCCUUUCAGACAAGCCAGAGCAGGAGGACCACCACCAGGAAGAGGCACCAUCGCCCUCUAGUGGCUCCCGCAUGACCUAG